AUGGAGCUGACCCGCGUGUGCGACCUGCAGCGGCUCGCCGCCGUCGCGCCGGCCCUGGAGCACCUGCAGGUGCUCGCAUGCUUCUACAACCACUGGCAACGACGGCCGGUCGCCACCAUCACGGCGCGCCAGCUGAAGGUGCUCAAGUGGGGAGAUCUGUUCGAUCGGAGGUCCGUCCAGCUUGGGAAGAUGAAGCAUCUCCGAAAAGUGUGCCUCGAUCUGUUCUUCGUGUAUGCGUUUUCGCCCAACCAGGGUUGUCUUGAGCUCUUGCGCUGCUUUAACAACAUCCAAAAGCUUGGCCUCACACUGGUCUAUCCACCGGUGAGUUCAUCACUUCCUCUCUUUGUUUAG